AUGGAAACGUUUAUAUUCAGAAAUGCAACAAUGAGUGUUUUAAUACUCCUUGGUUUUGGAAAUCUCCAUAAAUUUCAGAUCUUAAUAUUUUCAUUAUUUCUGGGAAUAUAUGUAAUAACUUUGGUGGGGAAUGUACUCAUUUUAGUAGCAGUUUCCCUUGAUAAAAGACUUCACACUCCAAUGUAUUUCUUUCUUGGUAACUUAUCAUUCCUUGAAAUAUGGUAUACAUCAAACAUCUCACCCAAGAUGCUGGUAGACUUGCUCAGAAAGGAGAAAGAUAUUUCCCUGCCUGCUUGCAUCAUACAGCUCUACUUUUUCUGUGCUCUGGGAACAGUUGAAUGCUUUCUGCUUUUGCUCAUGUCAUAUGAUCGCUACCUGGCUAUUUGCAAUCCACUGAACUAUGCACAAUUAAUGAACUGGAAUUGUUGCUUUAAAUUAACUGCUGAUACUUGGUUUGGCGGGUUCCUUUUAGCAGCAGUACUGAACUUCAUUGUAUCCACAUCUUUAACAAUCUGUGGCUCGAACCACGUGGAUCAUUUCUUUUGUGAUUUAACCCCAUUGCUAAAAUUGUCCUGUUCUGAUACCCACAUAGCAGAGAUGACCAUAUUUGUGGCAUGUUUUGCAGUGUCAUUGAUACCUUUCCUCUUGACCAUCACAUCAUAUGUUUAUAUUAUAAUGACUAUUUUCAAAAUCCCAUCAUCCUGUGGAAAGAGGAAAGCUUUCUCUACUUGUGGUUCUCAUCUUAUUGUAGUAGGUACUUUUUAUGGAACCCUGGGCAUUACAUAUGCUAUAUCUAUAGGGACACAAUCGAUAGAGUUAAAUAAAAUGCUCUCCUUACUGUAUACUGUCCUGACCCCUAUGCUUAAUCCCAUUGUCUACAGUUUGAGGAACAAAGAAGUUAAAGAAACUGUCAGCAAACUGUUGAACAAGAUUUCAGCUUUCAUAUAUUGGUCAGAUGCUACUUAA